ACCACCGCCGUGUCGCCAGUCAGUCAGUCUGCAGCCGCAGCCCCUGGGAGAACGCCGCUCGCAGACACCUGCCGGCUCCUCCAGAAAAUGCCCAGUAUGAAGAACAAAUAUAAUGUCACACCGGAGACAGUGGAACUGGGCAACGUCAACGCAGCAUACGUCAGCGACAAUGCAGAAACCAAUGGACGCAAAUUGUCAGUUGCCUCUGACAAUUCAGCCAAGGUAGGGGAGCCUCCGGUGACCGGACCUGAGACCACAGAGGGCGACGAAUCGGAGCGCGCUCAGUGGUCCAAUGGCGUAGAGUUCCUGAUGUCGUGCAUCGCCAUGUCCGUCGGCCUGGGAAACGUGUGGCGCUUCCCGUACACAGCCUACAAGAACGGCGGCGGCGCCUUCCUCAUCCCCUACAUCAUCGUGCUGCUUGUCAUCGGCAAACCUCUCUACUACAUGGAGAUGGCCAUGGGACAGUUCUCUAGCUACGGCCCUAUCAAGGUGUGGAACAUGGCACCAGCGCUCACCGGUCUGGGAUUCGGCCAGUUCCUGGCGACGGCUCUGCUGCUGACGUACUACUGCGCCAUCAUGGCGCUCACCGUCUACUUCUUUGUGGCGUCGUUCCACGCGGAGCUGCCGUGGGCCCACUGUUACCCCGAGCUGGGCGAGCUCUGCUUCGACUCCGCCGGCCCGCACGACAACGCCACCAACACCACGGGGCGCCUCAGCUCCUCCACACUCUACCUGCAGCGGCUGCUGAACGAGGUGCCGACGCUGGACGAGGGCAUCGGCGCGCCCGACUGGCGGCUGACGCUGUGCCUGCUCUUCUCGUGGGUGGUCGUCUUCCUGGUGGUGGUGCGCGGCGUCAAGAGCUCGGGCAAGGCGGCCUACUUCCUAGCGCUCUUCCCCUACGUAGUGCUCUUCGCCCUCCUCAUCCGCGGCGUCACACUACCGGGCGCCGGCGAGGGCAUCCUCUACUUCAUCAGGCCGCAGUGGGAACUGCUUCUCACUGCAGAGGUUUGGUAUGAAGCAGUCACUCAAGCAUUCUUUUCACUAGGAGUAUCAUUUGGAACAAUUAUCAUGUAUUCCUCAUAUAAUGGCUUUAGCCAUAACAUUCAUAGGGAUGCAAUAAUUGUAACAACAAUGGACACCUUCACAAGUCUCCUAGCAGGUUGCACAAUUUUUGCAAUACUUGGAAAUUUGAAAUAUGAAACAAAUGCAUCUGAUAUUGAUGCAGUCGCAAAAAAGGGGGCAGAACUUGCCUUUGUGUCUUACCCAGAAGCUAUUGCUAAGUUUGAUUUUGUUCCCCAGUUAUUCUCUGUACUUUUUUUCCUGAUGUUAUUUACACUGGGGAUUGGAAGUGCAGUGGCUCUGGAGGGUGCAGUCAUGACCAUUAUAUGCGACCAGUUUCCAAAGAUCAAACAUUGGAUUAUAGCACUGGUCACAUGCAGUCUUGGCUUCCUCGCUGGACUUGUAUACAUCACACCAGGUGGUCAAUGGAUUUUAACUUUAGUGGAUUUCUAUGGUGUACAGUUUGUUGUGUUCAUUUUAGCAACAAUUGAAAUGAUAGCCAUAGCAUGGAUAUAUGGUGUUGACAAUUUCUGCCAAGAUAUAGAAUUUAUGCUUAAUCUGAAGGUCAGCUUCUACUGGAGAAUAUGCUGGGGUUUUGUUACACCAGUCAUGCUGUUUGUCAUCUUAUUGUACACUCUAAUAAAUAUGGAAUCUCCUCAGUACCAUGACACGGACUUCCCUGCAAGUGCAUAUGGUGCUGGUUGGGCAAUGUUUCUAUUUGCUGUGCUUCAGGUUCCUUUCUCAGUUGCUUACCAAUUUGUAAAAAAUCGUCAUCUCCCAUUUAAACAGAUGAUAGUGAAGUCAUUCACUCCAUCCACUGAAUGGGGCCCAAGAAAAGCUAAGGAACUGGAGGAAUGGAAAAAAUUCAAAGCAAAUCGGCUGCAAGAAAAUGAGCUAAGCAAUGACAGUUUCUGGAAAAAAUUACUUCACAAACUAACAGGUUGCAGAAGUUCCUCUGAUACCAAUAUGUGAUCUGUUUUUUGUCUACAUGGGGCAAAAAACUGCCCUGUGUGUAACAUACACAGUCAUUAAGUUCAGUGAUAAAAUAUGCUCCAAGACGUCACUGUUAUAAGGUCUACAUUAGUUUUGAUUGCAAGGUUUUAGCAUGAUGGAAAUGGCAAACCUGCAAACACCGUGAAGAGCUUAAAAAGUACAAAUGACUAUUAUCAGCUUCUAAGAAGCUUAAGCCUACUGACACAAAGCUGUGUUGUCUUAAAUAGUUUCGUAUGUUUUAUCUAAAACAAAUAUAGCUCCUGGUUUACAUAAUCGGCAAAUACAGUCUAUGUAAUACACAAAUUAAACAGCACAUUGAAGCAGUCAGUGUAAAAUAAUUUAAUCAUCUCUAAGGAAAAUGAAUUGCUACUUGUGGAAUUGCGCUGAACACAUCUUGUCUCUCUUACAACUGAAAGAGAAAAAAAUAUAGCCCUAAAUAUCAGUACUUUAUUUUGUCCAUUGGGAUCUGUUGCAUGACAAGUGUGUUUUUUUCUCAUGUCAGUAGUAUGGAAACCAUUUUUUUAAAUUUAAACCUAAUAACACUGUGUUAUUAGCUUCAAAAACAUCUAUCUUGUUUCACAAAGUUGCUUUUUGUGGAGUGGAAUGUAUGAGCAUUUCAGAAUUUUUUUUAUAAAAAUCAAACUAUGCUGAAACAGACAUGUAUAUAAAACUGCAGAACAAAUAACAACAAUGAAUUUUAAUUUAUGAUGAUAGAAAUGUUAAAUUAUUUAUAUUAGUUAAGACUCAUCUCAAACAGGGUAGCAUAUGUACAUUGGAUUAUUAUUAUGAAAAUACACUUAUUUAUUAUUCCUAUUGUUAUUUUUAGUUGUAAAUGCUCGAUGUCAACAGGCUGUGGUAUUACUUAAAGUAAAAUAGAAAACAGCUGAAUUGAAAGCAACACAUUAACUAAUGAAAUGAGUGGUUGAAAAUGAAUCCAUAUGUAAAGUAAGUGUAUCACUCUCACUUUCGUUGGCAUUGAAGAGAGUAUGUACAGACUAGAAAUGUAAUGACUGUGCCAUGUGACCUGUUUGUUGUACCCCACUUGCAUUCUGGUUGAUAGAACUGAUGUUGGUCUACCAACACUAAAGAUGCAGUGUUUUACACUGUGCCUUGCAAAAUUAAAUUCAUCCUGUAACUUUUUUGGCAGUUUGUUAGUAUAAUAUGUUCCACCAAGAGUAUUUCUAAAAUAUAAGUGCUUGUUAGUAGCCCAUACCACUUUAUAAAUACAGGUAAACACAUGUGCAGCUGCUAUGUAGUGUACAAUCUUUAUAGAGGCUGUACACACAGAUGAAUAAAGGAAAAUAAUUUCAGAUCAUUUUUCAAUAUUAGAAAUAACAAAACAGUAACAAACAUUUAUUUAACUUUAACAGAAAAGGCACAGUAUCAGGAUGAUAUUGAUUGUUAGUGUUGUUAUUGUUGUGGUCUUCAGUCCUGAGACUGGUUUGAUGCAGCUCUCCAUGCUACUCUAUCCUGUGCAAGCUUCUUCAUCUCCCAGUACCUACUGCAGCCUACAUCCUUCU